AUGGACACCUACGACUGCACAGGCGUCGAUCCGAUGCCCGACUCGCUGUGCAGCAUUGAGAACUCCUCCUAUGGCUUCCGGCCUGCUCUCUGGACGGGCAUCCUCUUCUCCACCCUCUUCGGCCUUGUCAUGCUCAUCCACGCCUUUCUCCUCCUCUUUCACCGUGCCUUUCCGCGCUUCAUGUUCAUUGCGAUCGUCGCUGCUGCCGGCGAGCUCGCCGGAUGGAUCGCACGGACCUUCGGUCACACCAACCCGUUCAACCGCAACGCCUACAUCGCCCAAAUCGUCUGCCUCAUCCUCAGUCCCGCCUUCAUCAGCGCUGUCAAUUACGUCGCUUUCCAAAACGUCAUGGAUGUAUUUGGAUCCAGGUGGUCAAGGAUCCCGAGGAAGUGGUACGUGAUUGGAUUCUGCUUUGGCGAUCUGUGCUCGCUGGUCGUGCAGGCGGUCGGGGGAGCUAUGUCAGCGGAAGCGACGACCGAGGACCAGGUGGAAACCGGCAAGAAUAUCAUGAUCGCCGGUGUCAGCGUGCAAGUUGCGGUCACGGCGCCGUUCAUGCUGCUGUAUCUGGAUUACAACAUCCGAAGGCUCAGGGAGUGGGCGAGGCUGGCGAAGGACGAACGACCCCAUCGCAGGGUGGAGAUCUUCAACAAAGUGAUUGGCGUCAGCACGCUGCUCAUCCUCGUCAGGUGCAUCUACAGGAUCGUCGAGAUGGCCGAUGGCUGGGUAGGCUACUUGGCGACGACCGAGGUGUACUUCGACGUCCUUGACGGGCUUAUGAUCCUACUAGCCAUCGGCGUAUUCAUCCCUUUCCACCCGGGAUGGUUCCUACCCCGAAACAAGGAGAAGGGAGUCGUGUACAACGCUGCCGAGUCGGAAGAGCUCGAGAAGCCGCGAUUGCAAACGAGCGCAUCGGAAGAUUCUUCGGCCGAUUCAGUGGCCACUCCAACACCAUUCUCGCCUUCCAGCUCUCAUAGCGGACACAGUCCUGCUUGA